AAUCUCAAACUCUACGAAUUUUAUUUCACUUGGGCAAUGAUUGGGCCUUUUUCUUCGAAUAUAAAAUUACAGCUUUGUUAAAAUUCCAGUGUUAGGCUAACUAAAAUUAAAGAUUAACAAGUGACCGUUAAAUUUCAAGCCAUGGUAGAAGCAACACGCAGUAAAAAAUUUGUAGGCAUCUGCAUAGCUCUUUAUGUGUCCUACGCAGUCUUUGUUUUCGUCCUCUUGCCGAUGCUGCUGCCGGAUCCUGUGACAAUGCACCGGGCGAUCAUUGCCUACCAAACGCGGCAUUUGGGAAAUUUAUCGGAAUAUACGUUGGAAAAGGGCGGGCAGCCGAUUCGUUCAAUGCUUGUGACAUUUCGUGGUUCUGGUGCAUUAAGUUUGCUCCAUAACUUGUCGCAUCAGCCUGGUUGUUACCAUCACUAUGCUCCUUUGGUGGCAUACCACUCCCGUUACUCGGCAGAGCAGCAUCCGGAGCAGGCUUUACACGAGCUGGUGUCCCUAUAUAGCUGUAACUAUAAUCAGUCGGCACAGUCUAUGCUUAAAAGCGGUAUGAACUCAUCUUCGUUUCGUCGAUUCUAUGGCGUUCAAUGGGAAUCUUGCCUGACCUAUACGCACGAUGUGUGCUGGGAUCCAAAGACUAUUGAGCAUAUUUGUAAACUUUUCCCCUUUAUUAAUAUGUCGGUGUAUAACUUACGACUGAAGUACUUGGCCGCUCUUCUGGAAAAAAAGGAUCUCAACAUUCGCAUUCUGCUGCUUGUCCGUGAUCCACGGGGUACAAUGCAAUCACGUUCCGAACGAGUUUGGUGCAUCGGCAACCCAGAUUGUGAUGAUCCGAGUAUAUUAUGCAAGGAUAUGGUCAGCGAUUUUGUUAUAGCCAAAAAACUGAUAGAGGAGUAUCCGCUGAAUUUUGGAAUCAUACGCUAUGAAGACUUAGCCCAACAUCCAGGCAAAGUAUUGCCCCAAAUAUUUGAUUUCUAUGGUAUACCAUUUAAACGGAAAGAGGGAAGUCUUACCGGGCAUCCGCGCGUUACUGAACUCUCUGAUAAGGAGUCGGGGGAUAACUCUUCAAUGAACUUUUCCGAUCAGCAAUUCACUAACCAUCCGCCUUUCGAAUGGAUCACCAAGUUGUCAGCAGACCAAGUUAGGGCUAUACAAGAAGCACCGCACUGCAAAAAGGCAAUGCAAAUGUGGGGCUAUCGACGAAUCAACUACGAUAAGGAUUUUUCCGUCGACAGUUUCAGCUCGAUAAUUAGGAAACAGCUUUUUUCCUAAACGACAAGGAAGCGUUAUACCGCAUGGCUCUAGGACUGAAACAAAGUAAAACAAGAAUCUACUCUAAAAAAGCUUAAGUUAUCUUUGGAAAUAAUGUCGAAGUUUUUACUUUAAACUAUUGGUUUAAAUAAAUGUCCUCCCAUCAUCCCUUUGUCAAAAAACGUA